AUGAGGUGCAGAGGGUCAACGUGGAGGAAGGUUGGAUGUCCCCGGCGCGGGGGAGCGGAGGCGGAGCGGCGGGGAAGACGUGGGGACGAGGCGGCGGAGGGGAAGGUUUUGAUGGGGUGGAGCGCAGAGGCAGCGGGCCGUGGUCGUGAGCAGAAGAGCGACGUAAGAAAGGGAAAAAAAAAUGGAAAAGAAGACAAGGGGGCGAAUGGUGGGAGGCGGCCCGCGAAGAAACAAACGACCACCCCACCCGAGACGCGAGACGAUCCAGGCAAAAUUCGACUACGGUUACUGCCGCGCUGCUUUUCAGUUAAGAUUCGCGAUGCUCUACACAGUGCACACGACUGGCACGAUAACCCAGUGACAUAA